AUGUGUCUAGAUGUGAUUAAGAUCCCAAGAAUUAAGAACGAGGACUGGAGAGAAGAUGAGAGAACAGAAUUGCAUGUUUUAUGUGAUGAUCUCGAGACAGGUUAUGGGGCCGUCGCCUACGCGUGGUAUGUUCCAGCAAGAAAACCGACAUACAGCGUUUUGCUAUUCGGCGACAUCGUAUUGGUAGCACUUGAAACCACAACACGUGGCAACUGGCCCAUGGGCAUCAUGGAUGCAUUCGAGGGAGACGGAGAUGGACUCGUACAAACGGCUGGGGUGCAUACGGUGGCGGCAAGACAUGAAGAGAUGUAA